UUAAAUUUAUCCAAAGUUGGCUGCCCUGAAUCAUCAGCUGAUAAGAAAUUGAGGUUAUGGUUUUCUACUGCUCUGCGGGUGUUUUAUCAAAAGAAAUUGCUCUAAAAUUACUUUUUUCACCAAAUUUUCUAUUGCAAAUUGUUCCAAGUUCAACUAAACAUGAAUCUGCACGAGCCGGUAGAUUUGAAUAAGUCGAUCGAUGAGUUGACUUCUGAGGAAAAACUUCGUUUGGAGCACAUGAAACUCCAUGAGAAGCACAAAGGACAUGAAUCUAUGCAUGCAGAGAUGGUUUUUAUCCUCCUGAUUACCCUAGUUAUUGCCCAAAUUGUCCUCGUGGAGUGGAAGAAGCGGCACUAUAAAUCGUAUUCUCUCGUUACACUUGUGGGCUUAUGGAUAGUUCCACCGGUGAUUAGUCUGAGGAAUGAGUGGCUGAGAUUCAUAUUUACCUGGUUGGUAUUUACAGCAAUUACGGGGUUAGUGAUGAGAAAGGCCCUUGUAAAGCCCAUUUCCGGGACAACUCCCAGGCUAGUGUACAAAUGGUUUUAUUUUAUCUACAAAUUGAGUUAUGCCUUGGGAAUUGUUGGGUACAUCAUCAUGAUGAUGACCUUCUUCGGACUGAACUUUGUGUUCAAUCAAGCGCCACAUAUUUGGAUGGAUUGUGGCCUUAUGUUUGUUUUCUAUGGUCUCUACUAUGGAGUCUUAGGACGUGAUAUUUCCGAGAUAUGUGCUGAUAAGAUGGCAGCACAUAUUGGGUACUACACACCUCAGGGCAUGCCAACGCGUAGUUUAGAAAAGAAUGUUUGUGCUGUUUGUGGAAAUCAUCUUCUUGUGGAUGAAAAUGAGACUGGUGUGAUUGAGAACACGUACAAGUUGAGUUGUGAGCAUGUAUUCCAUGAAUUCUGCAUCCGUGGCUGGUGUAUUGUGGGCAAAAAGCAAACUUGUCCCUACUGCAAGGAAAAAGUUGAUCUAAAGAAGAUUUUCUGCAAUCCCUGGGAAAAGCCACAUGUGCUGUAUGGUCAACUCUUGGACUGGAUCAGGUGGCUGGUGGCGUGGCAACCAUUUAUCCUCCUGAUAGUCCAUGGGAUCAAUUGGCUCUUAGGACUGGAAUAGUGCAAAUUCUCUCUGUGUAAGAAACUUUAUAUUUUUUGUGAUUCACUGAGAAUUUCUUAAUUUUCAAACAUUUAAUAAAAACAUAAUUUAUUUGAUGGAUCCGUCGAGCAACAGAAAAA